CUAUUUAUCUGCUUUUUGUGUGGCGAAGAAUGAGAUAUAGCCGUUCCCAGUCUCAAUCUCUCACAACCAAUAUCUGAUUCUCACACACAUCCUCCAAACACAGCAAAACUCCAUCGACAGACAUUCACUACCACUGUCAGCAAGCAGCAGCAGCAGCAGCAGCCAUGGCCAACAUGCUCAUGUCCUCCUCCAAACCCUUCGUCAUAGCCUCUACCUCUCUCUCCUCUUCCACCACCAAACCCAAACUCUCCAUUCCCCAACUCCCACUUCACAACCUCACAAUCAAGCCCUCCAAAUUCUUCACCCUCUCCUCCUCCACUCUCAAAUCCCUCUCCCUCGUGGCCGCCACCUCCCUCGCCCUUGCCCCUCCCUCCCUUGCCGUCGAGAUUGAAAAGGCCGCUCUCUUCGACUUCAACCUCACCCUCCCCAUCAUCGUGGCCGAGUUCUUGUUCCUACAGUUCGCCCUCGACAAGCUCUACUUCUCUCCUCUGGGAAAAUUCAUGGAUGACAGAGACGCAGCCAUUAGAGAGAAGCUGAACAGCGUGAAGGACACAUCGGGAGAGGUGAAGCAGCUGGAGGAGCAAGCCGCGGCCGUCAUGAAGGCCGCCAGGGCCGAGAUAUCGGCAGCCCUCAACAAGAUGAAGAAGGAGACGCAGGCAGAGGUGGAGGAGAAGCUGGCCGAGGGCAGGAAGAAAGUGGAGGCGGAAUUGCAGGAGGCUUUGGUCAGUUUGGAGCUGCAGAAGGAAGAGACCCUGAAGGCCCUUGAUUCCCAGAUUGCUGCUCUCAGUCGGGAUAUCGUAAAGAAGGUCCUUCCCACUGCCUAAUUUGGGCAAUUAUGGAAAACCCAGGAAAGGAGGGAGGAUUAGUGACUUACUUCUCUUCUAUAUAAUCUUUCAUUUCCAUGCAUAUUUUACAUUGUACUGAAAUAUUUGGAUUGUGUUCAUCAAAACAUUUGAUCAAUGGUUGCUUUC